AAAAGAAAGAAAGAGGUGUGCGAGGGAAAUCAAUGGCGGAAGCUAGCGGAGUGAAGAGAAUGAAGCUAGGAAGCCAAGGGCUUGAGGUCUCGGCUCAAGGCCUUGGUUGCAUGGGCCUCUCAACCUUGUACGGUGCUCCCAAGCCCGAAACUGACGCUAUCACUCUUCUCCACCACGCAAUUGAUACCGGCGUUACUUUCCUAGAUACCUCCGACAUCUACGGUCCUGAGACCAACGAGCUGCUUCUCGGAAAGGCUCUGAAGAAUGGGUUUAGGGAAAAAAUAGAGCUUGCUACCAAAUUUGGAAUCAUUUACGGAGAGGGGGAGAGAGAGAUAAAGGGAGAUCCUGCUUAUGUUAGAGCUGCUUGUGAGGCAAGUUUGAAGCGCCUUGAUGUGGAUUGCAUUGAUCUUUAUUACCAGCAUCGGAUUGAUACUCGUGUCCCUAUCGAAAUCACUAUGGGAGAACUGAAGAAGCUAGUUGAAGAAGGUAAGAUAAAGUACAUUGGUUUGUCUGAAGCCUCUGCCUCAACUAUCAGAAGAGCACAUGCUGUUCACCCCAUAACAGCGGUGCAGCUAGAGUGGUCUUUGUGGACUAGAGACGGGGAAGAAGAUAUCAUUCCUACCUGCAGGGAGCUUGGGAUUGGGAUUGUUGCUUACAGUCCUCUAGGACGUGGCUUCUUCGCUGCUGGACCAAAACUUGUUGUAAAGCUGGACAAUGAUGACUUCAGAAAGAGACUACCAAGAUUCAAACAGGAAAACUUAGACCACAAUAAGAUUCUCUACGACAAGGUUUGUGCAAUGUCUGAGAAGAAAGGUUGCACUCCUGCACAACUAGCCCUGGCAUGGGUUCACCACCAGGGAGAUGAUGUUUGCCCCAUCCCAGGAACCACUAAGAUCGAAAACCUCAAUCAGAACAUUGGAGCUUUAUCUGUGAAACUCACUCCUGAUGAGAUGGCUGAGCUCGAGACCAUCGUCCAGCUAGAGUCUGUGAAAGGAGAAAGAUACGCUAACAUGACGGCCACUUUCAAGAACUCAGAUACUCCACCAUUGUCUUCUUGGAAAACCACAUAAACCAGUUGAGUGCAUUACACUGAAGCAGCCUUAAGUUCUGUGUCAGUCAGAUGAAGGUAACUGAUGUGUUGCGUCUUUCAGAGUCGAUUAUCAAACCCAAAUGUCAGUGUGAAUGUAUUGUAAAAUAAAUAAAUUAUGUAUAGCGUAGUUCCCCAUGUGAAAACUUCAAUCUACAUCUCCAUACAUUGUGACCAAGCUCUAUAAAUAAACGUCUGUUCUAUGCAAACGUUUACUGCCGCCACU